AUUGUAAAUCAACAUAGGUCUUCUUCUUGCCAGGUUUAAAUUGAGAGGAUCUACAAGACGUUUACUAAUAAAUGAUGCAGGGUAGCUCAUACAUUAUGAAUGAAUGUGAGAAUAUGGCUGGACCACCUCCAGGAUAUCACCAUGGGCCUUCUCCAGAAGGAACUAUGAAUCAUCAGUACUAUGGUCAACAUGCUUCUUAUCAAGGCUAUUCAUCUGUAGUCCAGAAUCAAUGGUAUCAAUCUGGAUAUGGCUAUACACAUAAUCGUAAGCCAUUGACAUGUGGGCCAUGCAAUCGUACAUUUUACAGUCAGCAAAGAAUGGAUGAGCAUGUAAAGGAACAUGUAGAUUGUCCUUUCCCAGAAUGUAAACUGAGUGCUCAUAUCAAAGUUAUUGACCAACACAUUAAUAACCAGCAUAUGCUCAUCAAUUUUGAAGCCCUUCAGAUAGAUGAUGAAACUUGGAUUGCAGAACGUAAAAAGCGAUUUCCAACAUCUCAGAGGGCAGAGCUGCGAAGAGCAGAACAGAUGGCGAAACUGAAGAGAGGAGAGAAAUUAGGUGUUAAUAAGAAGCCCUUCAAUAAAGAUAAGGGUUUCAGGAACAAGAGAGGGAGAGAGGGAAAACAAAUUACAAAUAAAGAUACAAAAUGUCAAAAUGCACCAAGUGAGGUUGAUAGUGUUACACACAAUGUGGAUGAAAAGUCAUCCAAAUCAAGGGAUUCUAUAGAAGCAAAGAAAACUGGCCUCAGGGACGGUGCAGAAAGAGGAAAGAACAAUUUUGGAGGUAAUGUAGAAGUAAAAAGGGCAAAGUUUGAGGACAGAAGGUCAAAAAAGAGGCCAAGACUAGAAAACCCUCCCAGACCAAGCAUAGAUGUAGAUCUUUAUGAAUCAGAUGAAGAAGCGUUAGGUGUACCACCUUUCAAAGGGACCAGACACUUUUACGAAAGUGUUGGGGAGGUGAAUUACUUUUCUUUAAAUAAUUUAAGCAAAAACUCACCGGAGAAAGAAUUUGUCAUCAGUGAUGAUGAAGAGUGGGAGGAAGAGAAGAAAAUUGAUGGAAAAAUGGUAUUAGGUGGUGCCUUGGGAACACUGAUGGGUGCUUAUUCUGACUCAGAAGAUGAGGUAGCAGAUGAACCAAAUAUUAAAGUCAACAAUAAGGAUUUCGUAGCAACAACAGAGCAGAUGUCUGAACCAAAAAAGGUAACUGAGAAUUUAGUAAAUCAGAGUUCUAAAGAAGAAAAUUCAAGGGCUAGAACUAAGCGAAGACCCAGAACCCAUAGUAAGAGAAGUAAAAAGCCAAUAAAUAUUCAAAGAAGACCAAGGAGAAGGAAGCCACUUUUGGAGAGACUUCUCCAAGCUGACAUCAUUCAUGAAAGAAACAUCAUUCUGCAGUGUGUUCGGUACAUAGUGGAAAAUAAUUUCUUUGAUGACAAGGUUAUAGGAAAGGCAAAUAUAGAGUCAGGAUUUCAGAAAGGACAGAGUGAUUCAGAAAUAAGUGAUUCAUUAAAAGACAAAAGCCAUAAUACUAGAAAUAUACCAGAUAAUGAAGUCAUUUCCAGUAAUGAUAAACUUACCAAUAAUCUGUCUGAGGAUCAGUGUUUAGAAUCUAGAGUUUUGGAGCAGAAUGAUAAUAUUGAAGGUAAAUCAGAAAUAGAUAACAACAGUCAGCAUUGUAAAAUUGCAGUAUCUAUUGCUAGUAAUGAUGUAUCUGUAUUGGUUAAGGAAGAACUUAUUAAUGACAACAAAUCUCCCAGUCAUGUUUCAGAUGUGAGAAAAGUGUCCCAGACAAAAAUGUAA